ACACACCCACCCCCAAAUACACACGAUCGCCCACUUACUCACCCACUUUAAAAUACAGACACCCACUCACUCAACUACCCCAAAUACACACACUCACCCACUCACUCAUCUACCCCAAAUACACACACACACUCACUCACCCACACCCAAAUACACACACUCACCCACUCACUCACCCACCCUCACUUACACACACUCACCCACUCAAUCUCUCACUAAAACAAACCCGCACUGAAUCCUACCCACGCUCAAUCACACACACACCGAUCCACCCUCGUCCAGACCGAAUCUCACGCACACACAUUCAUACUCACCCACACUCAAUCAUACCCGCACACACACAACACCCUCACUCCGCCCAGUCUCACACAGACACUCAACAUCUCACACACUCAAACACACCCCACUCACACAAAUCCACACACACACACCGAUCUGCUCUCUCAUCAUCCACACUGAACCUCUCUCACGCACUCACACAGACGGUCAACACCGAGAGAUGUGACGAGGAGCCGGAGCGGUGUCAUGACCCUGUGGACAGAGAUGCGUCUUCUGCUUCUACUUUUGGUGUGUUGUGCACUGCAGGAGCCGUCUGCCGCCAAGGAGUGCAGAGAUGGAUUCUACAAAUCACCAGAAGGAGUCUGUUGCCGGUUGUGCCCUGCAGGGACGUUCAAGGUGGUGGACUGCAUAGCUGAUGGAAGGAAGGCUUUGUGUGACCUGUGCAUUAAGGGCACUUUUAUGCACAGAAACAACCAGGAAAGGAAUUGCUCAUGGUGCAGCAGCUGUGGUCCAGGUGAGGAGGUGGAUGUGGACUGCUCCGUGGCCCAGGACACCGUCUGUCGGUGCACGGAGGGGCUCAAGAGAAACGGCCACUCGGGAAAUUGUCUGCCUGAAGAGCCCCACACAGAUAUUACUCAACACACGACCGUCGCCGCCAUCGUGUUGAGUUGCGUCCUUGCAGUGCUACUGAUUGCCGUAGCGAUAUUCCUGCUGUGCUCAAAGACUAAAUUGAAAACGCUGAUUUUGAAAUUCUCCUCCAACCGAUCUGGUUCUACCCUUGGAGCCAACAACAAUGAAAUGGAAAGGCUUAAUCAAGUGGUGACAGAGGGAAAAACUCCGGUAAAUGCAACAAAGCAACCCUCGUAUUCUCCACUUCAGGUUAGACAUGAGAGCGAGACACUGAGGCUCAUCCAAAAAGACAGAAAACAUCUCAAAACCUGGAUCGGGGUGGAUCCCGCGCACCUGCUGAAGCAUCUCAACGACUCGCUCAUGAUCCCUCGAGAUCUCUACAGAAAGGCCAAAAGCAAGAGUGGAGAGGAGACUGCGGAGGUCAUUCUGAACCACUUCAUUCAACUGGGAGAGAAGGGGUGCGAGAGACUCUGGAACGCCCUCUACUCCGUUAGGACGCACUAUGUGCAGCUGUGGAUGUGGCUUCAGAAACACGGGGAGGCAGUGUGGUCUGUGCGACAGAAGAAGGCAGAUCUAAAGAUAUGGAUCGGUGAGAAGCCCCAGCAUCUUCUCGUGCAGCUGAUGAGCCGAGGACGAAUCUCCAACGACCUCUUCAGUGAAGCCAGAAAGAUUAAGAAUGGCAGGGAGUGCGCCGAGCGAAUUAUCGACUACUUCAUCAACAAAGGCAACGAUGACUGCCUCAAGCUGCUAUUUGCUCUGCACGCCGUGCAGGACCGCUAUCCCAAAGUCAAGCUGUGGCUGAGCUCCCUCGAAUUCUUCAACAAUCUCUCCAACACGUGCCCCCUGCAUCUGAACUGCUACACUGACCGCGUGCUCCAGGAUAAAAUCCGUUUCAAUAGGAAGAGGCUGGUCCAAGCGUUCGCGAGUAACAUUGAUCCGCUGUUCACACAGCUCCACAGCCGGCGCCUGUUCACCAGGAACAACAUACGGGAAGAAACUGGAGCACCCGGAGAAAACCCCACGCUUACGAGGUGGCAACGCUCUAUCCCAUAUAGACGGACCAGACGCUCAACGAAAUGGAGGCCAAGAAGGCAUCUGCGCACGUUCUGGAACUUGUCCUCAGCAAGGAUCAAUACAGGGCCAAGGCGUUCUGGGAGCUCCUGUGGGAGUUGAAGCAUUCCUAUCCUGCUCUCGAAGACAUCUUCUGCAGCUUCUGAGACAAGAGUGGAGUUAUUUUUUUGUAUUAGUACCCGGCAUUGCCCGGGCAUAAAAUAUAUUUCAAAACUUCUCUUAAAAACAUUACAUAUACAUACACAGAUACUAAGUAAUUUUGAAAGCCCGGUGGGCCGUUUGUUAAUUUGUCCACCAACAAAAUAAUUAGAGGCUUGCAGAAGUCCAAAAAAUAAUAGAAAUUGGGGGGUGAAUAGUUGAUCUAAAAGGUUUGCGAAAAUUGUCGACCCCUUUAGAAUCUACUAACUCUAUAGUAGUAUCUACCAACUCAAUUGCAGUAUCUACUAUCACUACAGCAGUGCAUACCGACUUAGGUGGUACCUGCUAUCACUACAGCAGUGCAUACUGAAUGUGGUGGUAUCCUGCUAUGACUAUUGCAGUGCACACUGACUGUGGUGGUUCCUGCUAUGACUACAGCAAUGCAUACCGACUUUGGUGGUCUCUGAUAUGACUACAGCAGUGCAUACUGACUGUGUUGGUACUUGCUUUAACUACAGCAGUGCAUACUGACUAUGGUGGUACCUGCUUUCACUACAGCAGCGCAUACUGACUGUGGUGGUGCCUGCUAUGACUACAGCAGUGCAUACCGACUUUGAUGGUACCUGCUUUCACUACAGCAGUACAUACUGACUGUGGUGGUACCUGCUUUCACUACAGCAGUGCAUACCGACUGUGGUGGUACCUGCUAUGACUACAGCAGUGCAUACUGACUGUGGUGGAGCUAGCUACGACUACAGCAGUGCAUACUGAUUGUGGUGGUACCUGCUAUGACUACAGCAGUGCAUACUGAUUGUGGUGGUAACUGCUAUGGCUACAGUAGUACAUGCAACUGUGGUGGACAGACAGUACAUACGCCGGUGAGGGUGUGCACGGUGUGUUGGCAGAGCGGAGUAACUAGGGUAAGGGUCACGGAGGACCUCGUCUGGAGGCCCCUGGAACUUGCUAGCGGGUUCAAGAAGCGAGGGUGGAGCCAGGCUGCGCUGGUAGCAUAAAAGGAGCCGAGAGCGGGUGGGCUCGAGGCUGCCGGUUCUGUGAAUGGACUCGUCUUGUCGCUGUCAUCGCUAAACGUCUCCGCUAGAUAUUGCGCUACGAAGGAUAGUAGUUGGCUAUCUCAGUCAGCGCCGUCAGUGUUAGACGACUAGUGUUAUGUACAGUCAAGGCUGAGCUACUGUGGAGAGUGUGCGGACGAGACCGUGGAAGUUGUUAAUGAAGAAAGUACCUCCUAGAAACUCUGUCCCUGAAUCGUUGACACUACAAUUGUAAACUACUGGAAAUAAAUUAAUAAUGGUGCUUCCACUUUGGGAGGGAGACAUCCCCCCCCCGUGCCUCCCUCACCCCCCUGAGCUAUGUAGCUCUUUUUUAUAAGUGAUCUGGCUAAUAACGAAUGAUAGCAGCUCAACGACGUGGCUUAUCAUCAUCACGUGGACAUUUAUAGCAGCAGCCAAAUCACUAAAAACGCUAAAUCACUCAAAAUGCUAAAUGUGGAAGGAAAAAAACACCAAAGAAUCAGAGAAAACUCCACACGACCACGGGGAGAGACGACAACGCAAACUCCAAAUAUACAGGCGUCAGGGUCGGAAUCAAACCUACGACAUCCUGAAUAUUAGGCGAGGGAAUUAACAUCUCCUCGCCACCGCGGUGCCUCUUAUCAAUCAGGAUGUAAUAAUUCCAUAGAGAUAAUAUCACCUCCAAAUUCAUCCUAACUUGUCAGUGAAGUUGUAUUCAGGGAGAUGGAAUACAAAUAUGUUUUCUGUUCCCAGGUGCCAUGUACAAACUAGCACACAUUCACGAAUAAUAACAACUUAAAACACAGUUUUAGGUAUUACACGGAGUUCUCGACCUACGAAAACCCGCACUUACCAACCAGCUUCCACUAAAGUAUUCGUUUUCUUUACAUUAACUUAAAACGCGAACUCUCACUUGCACAUUGAACUGCAGCACUAUUUUUUCAGCUGAGCGAUUCUCUGCAGAUGUUAUGGAUCAGCCUCGUGCUGUGAGUGUGUGUUGUGUAUUGGCAUUUUUUUACAGUAUACGUAUUACAGUGUUACAACUUAAGAACGGUUCUACUUACAAACGGGCCUUGUCAACGAAUUACGGUCGUAAUUCAAGGACUGGCCGUAUUUCAGUAACGAAUUUAUUUUCAUCGUUUCAGUAACUGAUGAUUAUUAUUUCAGUAACCAACCUUCGGUAUACGUCAGUGGAUGCUGGGGGUUCCAGUGCUUUGUUGUUAAAAGAGAAAAAAAUGUUCGUUGAAGAGCGAUUCACAGAUGCAACACGCAGUGCCUGUGUGAUUAAGUUGUUUUGAGCCAGGAUUGAUUACAAUGAUUCGUUACAUCACGACCGGUUAUAAAUUAGCGCCGUUUAACUCUGGGAGAUAGUUAGCCGGUUUUGAUUAAGGUCUGAUUUUACCUUUGUAUUUAUAAAUAAAUACAUGUAAAUUAAUGAUCAAACCUAGUGAGUAUUUUUAGUGUGUCCUUACAUUUUUUUGGUUAAAAACAACUCUAAAUAUGUACUUGUAUCUUGUAUUUUAUAAUAUGACACUUUUAUCAAUAAUAUCUUCAUAUUUUUGCCAAGCACUGUAUAGAUUUUCAGUAGUUUGGGAGAUAAGGUCUCUCUCACUACACACGCACAAAGUGCUUGCCACAAAUGAACCACAAUACCUUGCUGAUUUCGUCAAGAAGCAUAAACCAUUACGUGGACUACAGUCAUCCUCGCAGUGGCUAUUGGCUGGCCAUCGAACGUGGUGCUUUCAGAUGCCCUUCUGCGGUCGUCUGGAACAGGCUUCCUUCUAAUAUUAGGAAGCCACUGGAUCUAAGCAAUUUAAAAUUCUUUAGAUUGAAAGCCAUUUUUUUUACUAAUUUUUGUGAUUAAUUUGUUGUCCUUCCCCCACUCCUCCGAUUAUCAUGGUUAAAGUCUGCUGACAACUUAACAAGUAAUUGCGAGUGACUAUAUGCACUUGGGUAAUUUAGACAACUCUUUUCAGAGACAAUGUAACUCCAACCCUUCAAGACUACUCGGUGCCCACUCCAAGACAAUGAAGAUGACCCAUUCCAAGGUGACGACAGCGACGACGAUUUCCCACAACAACAGCCCCCAUAUCCGGUCUGCGCUAGCUCUUAUCCUUCUUGCGACUCGGCCACGCCCCUAUUCCUGAACUCUCUCUCACCGCACAUGGCCCUGUCUCUCUCUGCCCUUAUUACCAUUCACGCCCGUUGGGUCCCGUGCUUCCCCUCACGUGACCCUGUUCAACGCUUGUCCCAUCAAUCAUUAUUAUCAACCACUUAGGUUGUUCCAAAAUAUGGUGUCGCGUUGCUUAUGUUAUGUUAAUUUUUAAAAAAAAUUUUACACGAAUAUGAAAACCAUGUUUUGUUCAUUUAAGCAUGUAUUGCUGAAGAGAGUUGACCAGCGUAGAAGAACAAAGUUGCACCAUAGAAAAGACAUCCUAAUGAUGAUGCAGGCAGUGAUGAGAAGGAAACUGACACUAUUUGGACACCGUAUGGACAACAACAGGAUUUUUUUAAAGUGUGUUGUUUUUCGAAAAAUGAAAGGAGCCUGAAAAAGAGGAAGACCUCACAGAUAAUGGCUUGACGAAAUCAUAACGAUUGGCCACUACUUGAGCAUAUUGGUACGACAAGACAGAGAGAGGCAAGUUGAAACAACAAAUGACGAAAUGUGCAGUGGACACCUACGAGCCAUCCUCCCCACGCAGUGUAGACGAUGCUGAAAAGAAUACAAGAAUGUCUCAAAGCUCCGAACAACCUUGCCCCAACCUACAACACCAGACACGUUGUGCACCCAUGUCCCAUCAAGACCUCGAAGAUCUGGGGAUGAAGAUCUCCGCUGCGUUCCCAAGUCGAGGCUUCGGUCGAUGGGCGACUGAGAUUUCCCCCAUGGGUGCUGCAGUGGCGAUAUGUUAACUCCCUUGCCUGGUAUGCGGGAAGUUUGUGGGUUUGAUCCCACCCUGACGCCUCUUGUAUGUUUGGAGUAUGCAUGUCCCUCUCCCCGUGAUGGCGUGCAUCUUUGUUGGGGCCCUCCGGUUUUUCCCUUUCCGCAUUUAUAAACAUGCGCUUAAGAGUAUUUGGACUCUAUAAAUAACUAUUAUCAAGGCCAAAAAUGAGGGUCUCGUCUGCCAUCAAUGAACGAACAACACGUUGGCGGGCGAAAACACGUCGCCUGGAACUAAGCGGGGAUAGGUGGGUGGCUGCGUGGUAAAAUCAGGAUAGCUGAAAUCCUUGUUUAUUACCUCAGUAAUGUAGUCUAUUUUCUAAUCGGGCACCUCACCAAAUCGUGCAGUUAAAGACGAACGCACAUCCGGAAUGGUCUAUUAACGAUAGAGAUCUUCAAUAAUAGUGAUGGGACAAUGAAAGCAAACAGCGACAGCGCUUGGCCUUACUCCGACUCGGGCCAUAGCUCAGCCCCUUUUAACAUGACGACCAAAUGUAAGUUGUCUACAGCAGUGUAUAAUGUGGUGUAUAGCGUCGUGUAUAAUAGUGUAGUUUCUAGUAGCGUAGUAUUUUGCAGUGCACUGUAGUAUAGAGUAGUGUAUAAUGGUGUAGUGUACAAUGGCGUGUAUUUAUGUUUAACUUCUUUCGCACCAUACGUAGUGUAUAUAGUGUCAUACAUAGUGUAGUGUAUAGUAGUGUAGUGCAUAGUAGUGUGUAAAGUGUAGUGUAUAUUAGUGUAGUAUAUAAUAGUGUAUUGCAUAGUAGUGUAUAGUCGUGUAGUGUAUCAUAGUGUGUAUAGCAGUGUAGUGCAUAGUAGUGUAGUGUAUAGUGUAGUGCAUAGUAGCCUAUACGAAUGUUGAAAUGCUUUCCCACUGUACUAAGCCAACCGUGCUAAUCGGAGAUGUGAAAACCUGAACAGCCCAAAAUUGGUUUCCCGAGACAGCAAAAACGAGACAGUGAUUUCCAUGUUCAUGAUGGUCUCUUGCUGGCAGGGUUCAUCCACAGCUGCGACACUUGCUUUGAGUGACCAUGAGUCACUAUUUUUGGCACCAGCUAUCAGCAUUUUCACUGAGGCAACAACUGCUCCUUAAAUAAUCUUACCCAGUGACCGUGUGCCAAAAGAAACUUACGCGGCUGUGCCUACGAUGAAGAGUAGAAGAAUUAAAAAUGUUACUCCAAUGGGAAAGAGUCACACUUCGUAUCUACCGACGCAGUACCUCAAACUGGGAAUUGCCCCAAGGACCCAGAAUGCAACAUAUGGAGGAUGGGCAGGAAGGCGCGUGUGUGUGGGGAGGUGCUGGGACCGCCCACUUUGCCCCAAGGGGCGGGGCAUGGUCCGUCCCCCCUGCAGCCCAUUACCCGGAAGGGAUAACUCUCAAAAUGUUAAAAAUGUGAAAAUAUGAAAAAGUAUUCGUGAGUUUCUGGGAUUUGUGCCACCACACAACAAAGUUCUUUAUCCAGUAAAAUUUUGGACGUAAAAUAUGUUAUUACUGUGGCGGGCAAAGUGUGACACUCUUACAUUUAAGGGAAAUUUAUUUUUAUUUUCGUUUGAGAGAUUUGUCUGAGCUUUUUGCGGUUUCCGUAUUCUUGAUUCAAAUUUACACUUAAACCUUUCUUGGGCACGAAUGCGCAUGACCUCGUUACCAGUUAAUAUGAAGGGUUUAAUUUAAGCACAAUUUUUUUUUUAGAAACAGUCGUCACACUGCAAAACAUCCCCUGCAUGUGUAAAGGGUGAAGAGUCCUCUUUAUAACAAAUAAUAUUAAUAGUCACAUUUGGUAAUUGCGCCAUCAAGUGGUGCAAUGUCACAGAUGCAGACGCCGUUCCUCCACUAGGGGACGAUGGGGCGCCGUCCCCAUCAAUCAGCUGGAGAUGAGAAAUUAUUUUUCUUCUGAAAAAAAAGGCAUUUCUAAAAAAAAACUUUGUCUUUUAAAUUUUGUAAAAAUGUAAUGAUUCUUUCAACGCUAAUUGCCGAAUUAGGAUAACCUUUUCAUUUGUUCAUAUUAGAAACCACUGCGACACCACGGUCUGAUUUGUGCGUCGGGAAGGUCUCUGGGCCGGCUGUGUAGGCAUCUGAGUGAGAGAUUCCCAUUCAUUCAUUGCGAUCACCUUCGCAUUUUAGCCACGCCGUUUGAGCCCCAUUUAGGGCGGUGAAAAAGGCCCCCAUAGCUGUAAUGACGAUAGAAGGUUACGGUCUACACGUAGGUGUAAGAAUGUAUGCGGCUGUUAUUGUAGAUUAUGGAGUGUCUUGGUUGCAUUGGUUAAUUUGUUGAGUCGUGUCUGCUGAUCUUGAAUUGUUCUUUAGGAUUUUGGCAGUGUCAAAAGGCUUGCAUGGUGUGGACUUGGGGGUCAUGGGGACAGCAUUUGAGUGUUUUUUUUGCUUUAUAUUGUUUAUAAAUGCCUACCGUUGGUAGAUAAGACAGUUGCGUCACUUUCAUGGGAAGGUCAAUAACAUGACGAGGUUUUUCAUAAUUAGAACACCAGAUUUUCCGAGGUCACUCACAACAGCCGCAACUAGUGAAAAUGUUACGAGCCACCACUGCACAGAUGAUUAUAGGCUGCCAGUAGGGGGGCAAUGCUGUUAUGCGCGUUUUGUAUUAUUUAUCCUUCAACGUUAACCUGACAAGGCUAUCGGCGUUUCAUUGUGAAAUUAAAUAUCCUCUUCGGGUUUCUCACAAAGCAGUAUUUUAUAUAUAUUGUGAUGCAUAAAAUAAUAAAACAAAUAUUCAGCGAGAAUAUUAACGUGAAAUAUGUUGGAAAAAUGUGAAUGUAAUUCAGUGUAAAUGAAAUAAAAUGUGUGCUUAAGUGUAAUUUA